GACAUCUAUCUACUUUGUCUGUCUCGUUCUCACCUCCUUAAACUGUCUGAUAACAAAUAAUUGAGUGGUGGAUGUUUGUACGCGGAAAAUUUCGCAACGGCACAUAUUCCUUCUCUUUAGGCUUUGGGUGUUUCCUGGCAUUGUUGUAGUUUUAAAAUGCUUUCAUCUCUUUUAUAUGUGAUUUGGAGCAAUGAAUGAACAAACUAAGCAUUAUGAGAGCUAAGGUGAGAGAAAUCAUAUUAGUUCGAAAUAAACAAGCUUAUUUUUCCUGACAAUAAUGCAAUGUGCAUGUCGCAUCAGAUGUGUCUACUAUUUAAAUUUGUAUUAGUGUUUUAUAUUAUAUGUGCAUGCACCAACUACUUUGCUUAAUCUAAACAUCCCAGGUUCAGUCGAAAGGUCUAACAUCUCCCAGGAUGCCAUGAAUUAGUGAUGAAUUCUCGAUUAUGUUUCCAAAGAGUCCCUGUCAUUUUUCGAAUAUAUUUAUGUACAACUUGUAUUGGAAAUUUUCAUGUGGAAAAUGAAACUUCUUAAAUGAGCUUAUGCCUACUCACCCAACAGAAAAACCUCACGUACAUGAGGUUGGUAAAAGUCAUUUACACCGAAGCCUCAAUAAGAUCUGCAUUUUCUUCUUAAUGCAGGAUAAAAUAUAAUUAUAAUGUGAGGUUUGUAAUUAAUCAUUUGCAGAUAACUCUGAAUGAAGUUCACAUGCUUACUUGCACAGAAGAGAAACGUCGUUUAUGCAGUGUGUAACAAGUCAUUUAGACUAAAGCGCUACAUAAACUAUCAUAUACAUAUCGAAACAGGAAAGAAACCUCAUAUAUGAUGUAUAUAUGUAAAGAAAGCUCAUAUGAUGAAAGUCAUUUAGACAGGAUGGUUCUUUAGACAAGAAUCUGCAUGUACGUAUAGGAAAGAAAAAAAUGUGUGUGUAAGGUAUGUAAGUAUUCAUUUCGAAGAAAGAGCACCUUAAUCAUGAAUAUGCUUACACAUGUGGGAAAGAAACCUUAUAUAAUGAUAUGUUAUAAGUCAUUUACUCUAAAGGUUAAUUUAAGAAACCAUAUACUUCUUCACACAGGAGAGAAACCUCAUGUGUGUAAGAUAUGUAAUAAGUUAUUUACUUGAAAAGCUCGUUUAAACAAACAUAUACUUAUUCACACAAAGGAAAGAAACCUUAUGUGUGUGAGGUAUGUAACAAGUCAUUUACUCAAAAAAUUCAUUUAAAUAACAAAGUAAUUCAUUUAAAUAAGCUUCUUCACAGAGGAGAGAAACGCCAUGUGUGUGAGAUAUGUAAGAAGUCAUUUACUCGAAAAGGAGAUUUAAACAAGCAUAUGUUCCUUCACACAGGAGAGAGACCUCAUGUGUGUGACAUAUGUAACAAGUCAUUUGUCAAUUGCUGAAAGAUCUAAUUUAAAGAAGCAUAUACUUAUUCACACAGGAGAGAGACCUCAUGUGUGUAACAUAUGUAACAAGUCAUUUACUCUAAAGAGUAAUUUAAAGAAGCAUAUACUACUUAUUCACACAGGAGAGAAACCUCAUGUGUGUGAGGUAUGUAAUAAUACAUUUGCUUUCAAAAGUCAUUUAAACAACCAUAUGCUUAUUCACAGAGAAGAGAAAUGUCAUGUGUGUGAGAUAUGUAAGAAGGCCUUUACUCUAAAAGGAAAUUUAAAGAAGCAUAUGCCCUUCCACACGGGAGAGAGACCUCAUGUGUGCGAGAUAUGUAUCAAGUCAUUUGUUCAUAAAUGUAGUUUAAACAACCAUAUGCUUCUUCACACAGGAAAGACACCUCAUGUGUGUGAGGUAUGUAACAAGUCGUUUGCUCAAAAAGGUGAAUUAACAAGACAUAUGCUUAUUCACACUGGAGAGAAACCUCAUGUAUGUGAGGUAUGUAACAAGUCAUUUUCUCAUAAAUCUACUUUAAACAGCCAUAUGCGUCUUCACACAGGAGAGAAACCUCAUGUGUGUCGGGUAUGUGACAACUCAUUUGUUCAAAAAGGUCAUUUAAACAACCAUAUGUUACUUCACAGAGGAGAGAAACCUCAUGUAUGUGAGAUAUGUAACAAGUCAUUUGCUCAAAAAGGUGAAUUAACAAGACAUAUGCUUAUUCACACUGGAGAGAAACCUCAUGUAUGUGAGGUAUGUAACAAAUCAUUUUCUCAUAAAUCUACUUUAAACAGCCAUAUGCUUCUUCACACAGGAGAGAAACCUCAUGUGUGUCGGGUAUGUGACAACUCAUUUGUUCAAAAAGCUCAUUUAAACAACCAUAUGUUACUUCACGGAGGAGAGAAACCUCAUGUAUGUGAGAUAUGUAACAAGUCAUUUGCUCAAAAAGGUGAAUUAACAAGACAUAUGCUUAUUCACACUGGAGAGAAACCUCAUGUAUGUGAGGUAUGUAACAAGUCAUUUUCUCUUAAAUCUACUUUAAACAGCCAUAUGCAUCUUCACACAGGAGAGAAACCUCAUGUGUGUCGGGUAUGUGACAACUCAUUUGUUCAAAAAGGUCAUUUAAACAACCAUAUGUUACUUCACAGAGGAGAGAAACCUCAUGUGUGUGAGAUAUGUAAGAAGUCCUUUACUCAAAAAGGAGAUUUAAGCAAGCAUAUGCGCCUCCAUACAGGAGAGAGACCUCAUGUGUGCGAAGUAUGUAACAAGUCAUUUGUUCAAAAAUGUAGUUUAAACAAGCAUAUGCUUCUUCACACAGGAGAGAAACCCCAUGUGUGUGAGAUAUGUAGUAAGUCAUUUGCUGAAAAAUCUAAUUUUAAAAAACAUAUACGUAUUCACACCAAAGAGGAACUCCAUAAGGUAAAUGUGUAACAAAUCGUUUGGGCCACAGAAAAAUUGAGACUCGUGUCUACACAUAAUAAGAAGGCUAAUGUUUUUUGUGGAAAAGUUAGAUUAAUAAGUACCUUUGGUUAUGUGUGCAGUAUAGACUUGUCCAUGCUAUAUAGAAAUGUCUUUGUAUGUGAUGUGUUCAAAUUGUCAUUUCAUUUAAAUUCUUAAUAAAUCAUUUAUUUCUUUCCGCAAGAGAAAAACGUGAUGAUUGCAAGAUAAGUCACAAGUCAUUUUAAACUGCUGCUGAUUUAAAGCAGCAUUUUCUUAUCCGGAGUAUUUAAUGAAUAAUGAAAGUUUAAAAUGGCAUAUUCGAACAAUCAAAAGUUAUACACUGAUUAUAAUUUUCUGAAUAAGAAAAUGUUAGUGAUGGCUCAUUCCUUCUGUUCUUGUAAUGUCAUGAAUUGUUUGAAAGCUUGAAUUGCUGAACAUUUUAAUUUGAAUGGAAAUUCCAUUCACAUUUUGCAAUGUUAUCCACUUUUCAUUACAUUUAUCUGAAAAACUACAAAAUAUGAAAUAUAUUCUUUUGUCGUAUCUUUAGUGCUGAAGGAUUUAAGUAUUUCUCUCCUCCUCAUUAGCAUUUUUAAUGUUGAGAAUGCUUAGCAUUGAGAUUUUUGCAAGCUUAUGUGUUCAGUAUUGAAUGUUUAAAACAUUGACUUUGAACUGCUUUCUUUGAUGCCACUAUGCAGCUUGUAGUGUUUUUGAAAGAAAUCAAAAUUUCUUGAGGAAGUAAGUUUUUUUUGGGGGGUGGGGUGGGGUGGUAUUUAUGGGUUAAUGCAGCAUCUUUUAAUACAAGUUGCCAUAUUUUCAGUAUAUGUCAAACUCUGGCAACAUUGUGCAUAGACAUUCUUCUAGCAAUCAUGCUUAUAAUAAUCCUUCAAUUAUAAACAAAUUGUGAUAUUUUUUACCUUAGUUUUAAAAUAUGGCCUUGCAGAAUAUGCAAGAAAAUUUUUCCACAAUUCUGCAAUAAAAUUUCUGCAAAAACACAGAAUUUUAAUGAAAAUUAUAUAAAAAGAACAAUAAAGAAAUGCUUUUUUUCAUUAGCUGAGUGCUGCAUGAACCAAAUUCUCCAUUUGUUUUGGCAAAAACAGGUGUGUAUUUUGGAAGGAAAAAUGUGCAAAAUAACAACAGAAAGAUUUAAAAAAAAAAAAAAAAGUGUUUUAGUUUUUUUAAUUCGUCAUGUAAUCCUUAUUUUGUAAUUUAAAUUUCUAUUCUCAAGUAUAUCUUCUUUUGAUGUAUUGAUAAUUUUACCAAUUUAUAAUAAAUAUUGACAGUUUGGGAAUCUUUCUGAAAUUAGGUUGAAAACCACCAACUUGCACCUGAUAAGUAACAUUUAACUUUUCAUCUAUAAAAAAUCAAAAAAUUGUGCUAAGGUUAUUGCUUUCAUGUAUGUAUAUACUUUUUUUUUUGCUCAUGUGUCUGAUACAUUUAUACUUAUAUAUACCUGUUUAUUAUCUGUUCUGUAGCUUGCAGGUGCAUUUUAUUGAACUUGGCUCUUUUUAUGUUAACAGAAAAUUUAAAUAUAGUUUUGUGCAGGGCCAUACCUAGCGGGAGGUGCAGCAUGUAAAAGUAUGCAGGUGGCAGGAUUCUGACAAUAACAUGACUAAAUAUUUUUAAUUCAUUGUAAGUACUUUUCAUAUGCAAGUACUUUUUAUGCAAUUUCUCCUAUGUAAGUACUUAGUGAGUAUGAAAUAAAAAAAAAUUAUUAUUGA